ACGGUGCUUAUGGCAAAGCAGGGCCGUGUGGUUAACGGAGGAGCACUGUCCCCUGGCUAAAGACCUGGCCUCUUGUCCCAGCUCUACCGCUGACACACUGUGUGGUGCUGGGUGAGUCCCUUUCUCUCUGGGCUCAUUAUCUUAAUCUGCAAGAGAAGGGCAUGAUUCUCUCAGAGCUUGUAGCAUCCUGUGCUCCUGUGACGGUGUGGAGUGGGUGAAGUGGUAGGAGGAAAAGAAGACGCUGGUACAGAGGCACACAGCGGGCUGUAAGGCAAUGUGGUUCUCAUCCGGGGGCAAUUUUGCCCUUAGGAGACAUGUGUCAAUAUCUGGAGGCACUUUUGUUGCCACAACUGGAUGGAGCGACUGGCAUCUAGUGGAUAGAGUCCAGGGUUGCUACUAAAGAUCCUAUGAUGCACAGGCAGCUCCCUACAACAAAGAAUUGUCCCACCCCAACUGUCAGUCGUGCCAGUGCGGAGAAAGCCUGCUCUAGGGGAUCAUAUUCUCUUUUUUGUUCCUCUACUUUGCAAUCUCUUUGCAAUUCCAGGUAGCCUCAUACUUGGUUCCUUUCCUGAUCAGCACUCUUCCUAUUGAAGAAACAGGAGUUUAAUUUGCUAAACGGUGCUGAAGUUACUGGUUGAUCUUCAAAUAAACAGUGGUAACAACUAGUGUAUGAGAGUUCCUUUAGAGAAGCAGAAACCACUAGAAGUAUAUAGUCUGCCAGUCGAUCUAAUCUGUAUGUGGGACUCAUUACAUGGCUUUGACCUUGCUCAAGUAUGACAACUGGUGAAACAGUCUCUGGAAGGUUGUCUUCAUGUCCGGUGAUAGAGCUAGAAAUCCAUAGGGCAGGCAGUGGGGAAGGGACGAUGGAUAAAAAGGGAGGGAGGGGGAGCAAGGACCAGCUGGAGCCCAUGAGGUUGCACUGGAACCCCUGCCAGUUCUCACCGCCUCCAACCUGAGGAAGUGGAUGACCUGCAGGGGAAGCUCACUGAUGGCCUUUGUCACACAGCUGAACACACACCUGGCCCAGAAGUGUGAGAAGCUGCAGGAUCCCUGGGAAGGUAUACCAGUUGCCGGCCCCACAGCAACAGCACCGCCCGCAGACAGCAAAAGGGCUCGCCCAGCCUUACAAGCACAAACUUGGGCUGCGCUUCCACCUCCAGAUCCUGCACGGAAACCUCUCUUGUGGCACACCCUAACUGGAAACAGACAGGGAAGGGAAUGCUGGAAAAUGUAGUUCAGCCUAGCCAACUCGAUGUGUUACAAAGCCACAAGCAGCGUAUCCCCAUUUUUGAGAAUACGAGAUGCUGGCUUGGAGAUGGACAUGCUAGAGGACCUUGAGACCCUGCAGUUUGAGUAUGGGAUUCAGGAGGAAGAUUGCAGCUGGCUGUAUUUGCUGGGCCGUUCUCAUGGGCUGAUGACCAAGGCCUGUGCCCACGCAUCCUUCUUCUGCAAGCUACUCCGUAAUCUCAGAAAAUCAUUACAGGAGAAGCAAACUUCUAGAUGCUGCUUGACUGAAUUGCAUGAAGACACUCCGGAUGGCGAUGAGUUAAAGGUGGGCAUCAUUGGAGGCGGCCACCUUGGGAAGCAGCUGGCUCACACACUGCUGCAGCUCGUCCCCAUCCCUGCUGAGAGCCUGCGGAUCUCCACUCGGAGGCCAGAGGCCCUGGAUGAAUUCAAGAAACUGGGAAUCCAGUGCUUUUACCAUAACUCUUCUCUGGUGCAGUGGGCCAAUGUGAUAUUCCUCUGCUGCCUGCCAUCUCAGCUGCCUCAUAUCUGCGUAGAAAUUCAAAGCAGCCUUGCAAAAGCCUGCAUCGUGUACAGCUUUGUAGCUGCCAUCCCAAUACCCAGGUUGAAACUCCUACUGAACCACACUAAUAUCUUGCGGCCUCAGUAUCAGUGUGUCGAAGAUCUUGCCAACAUCUGGGCAGCCAAUAAGGGAAUCACAGCUGCUCUCCAAGACCCUGUGAUUCUGCAGGCUACCAGCCCCUACAAUCCUGCUGGAGGAAUAAUCCUUAAUACCAAGUGGUUGGAGGGAGUGUUCUAUGCGGCCAUAAAUGUCUGCACAGCAAAGGACAUGCCCCACUCACAUGUGCUGCAGCUUCUGAAUGCACUGUUCCUCUCCAGGCACUUUGAAGCCUGUGAGAAAGAUGGAGCAUCUUGCCAAAAAUUUCAAGCACAAGAUUUUGUCAGCAAAGCCUAUGCCAGGAAUCUGUCUCAGCAAAGGCCUUUCCCCUGGUUUGAUCUGACUGCUGUGCAACUCAAGGAAACUCCCUUUAGUCAGUAUCUCUCAAACAGCACUACUUUUCAGGACCACCUUACCCAUCUAUACUGUUGUUCAUUUGGCAUCUCCCUAACCAAAGAACAAGAGCCAGAGGUUUCCACGGGUUCUCCAUCCCAAUAAGAGAAGAGACCUCAGGAAUCAGGAUUUUUUCUCCUUCUACAGUGGUAGUGCCCUGAUUAUCAUAAUUGACAGUGGAAGUCACAUAACUGUAUGCUGUUUGCCAUAUGUUAGGCAAUAAGGAAGUAGCAGGUUGUACUGAUGGCUCUUUAAAAUCUAGAAUAAAACAAGAGGUUCUUUACAA